AUGGAAGGUUUCACCUGCCACCAGUGCGGCAGAUCCUACCAAUUGAGGCACAAUCUGGUCAAACAUUUGAGAUUCGAGUGCGGUGGCCAGAAACACUUCACCUGUUACCUGUGUCCGGCCAGAUACACCCAGAACGGAAAGCUGAGGCAGCACAUGCUUAACGCGCACAAUAUUUUCGUGCCACCGCGAAGAACAUGGAUAAAAUCCGCUCACGGUUACGUGAGCUUUCGAUUCCCCUGCCAGCAAUGCGGACGGGGAUACACGAGGCGGUGCAACUUGAGGAGGCACAUGAAAUGGGAAUGCGGAGGAAAACGCCAGUUUCCAUGUUACUACUGCAGCUACAGUUUCACUCAGAAGACGAGCCUGCACCGUCAUCUGAUCGCUAUUCAUAAGAUAGAUAUUGUCAAUGGAGUAGAGCCUAAUCUUAUGUUGUAG